AUGAAAGGCAACGGCAUCUUCAAUGCCGACGGGAAGACUUGGAAGGUGCAGAGGAAGUUAGCCAGCCACGAAUUCAACACCCGAUCGCUGCGUAAAUUCGUUGAGACCGCCGUGAAGUCGGAGAUCUCCGGCCGCCUCAUCCCGCUUUUCACCUCUGCUGCGGCCGGAAAAACCGUCUUGGACCUCCAGGAUGUGCUUCAGCGGUUCGCCUUCGAUAACAUCUGCAAGGUCGCUUUCGGUUCGGAUCCCAGCUGCCUCGACCUCAAUCUGCCUCCCUCUGAGUUCACCUCGGCUUUCAACCUCGCAGUGCGAAUCUCGAGCGAGCGUUUCCGGGUCAGCUCUCCAAUGGUCUGGAAAAUCAAGGCUGCAUUAGGAUUGGGGAUGGAGCGGCAACUCAGAGACGCCAUCCGCGUCGUCGACGACUAUGCCAGAAACCUUAUCUGCGAGCGGCGGCAGAAUCCGAUCACUUCCCCGGAGGACUCCGACCUUCUGUCGAGAUUUAUGAGCUCGAGUGCUGGUGACGAGGAGUUCCUCAAAGACAUAAUAAUCAGUUUCCUGCUUGCCGGAAUGGACACGACAUCGGCCGCGUUGACAUGGUUCUUCUGGUUGGUUUCCAACCACAAGCGCGUAGAGGAGGAGGUUCUGAAGGAGAUAUCGAGCAUCAAAGAAGAAGCAUUUGGCUUCGACGAAGCGAAAGAGAUGCAUUAUUUGCACGCCGCGAUCUGCGAGAGCAUGAGAUUGUAUCCGCCGGUGCCGACUGACGGCAAGUUCGCAGCCGAAGAUGAUGUUCUGCCGGACGGCACCGUGGUGCCGAAGGGGGCGGAGGUGAUUUACGCUCCCUAUGCGAUGGGGAGGCUGGAAUUGUUGUGGGGUAAAGAUUGGGAGGAGUUCCGGCCGGAGAGGUGGUUGCAGGAGGAAGGAGAGGGAGGGAACAGAAGGUUCGUGAACGAAGACCCUUACAAGUACCCUGUUUUCCAGGCAGGGCCGAGGGUGUGCUUGGGGAAGGAGAUGGCCUUCAUCCAGAUGAAAUGCAUCGCUGCCACCGUUCUCCGCGACUUUAGGGUUGUACCAGCGGUGCCCGACUUCCAGCCGGUGUUCGCAUCCACACUGACUUCCAAGAUGAAGGGCGGCUUUCCGGUGAGGAUUGUCCAAAGGAAGCCAUGACAAUGACCACCUGUAUCUUUGUUCUUUCCUCCCUUUCCUCUGGCGCGUUUGGAUUAUUACUCUGUUUACUUCUUUCGGUUUUUUCAGUAUUGGGUUUGUCCCAGUGUUUGCCCCCUUUGGUAGACGAGUCCUUCCCGGUACUUUUAGAUGUAGAAAAUAUGGACAUCCAGUCGGUAUGUUUGAGCAGAUAUACACAAGUUACAUAUUUUCUUUAUUUAAUAGAAGUAGAACUUAAAUUUUCUGUAUUUAUACA